AAAAAGCUUUAUGCAAGCAGAUUUAUGGAGUAUAAAUACUGGGGUGGGGGGUCUGGCCAGAUACCAAGCAUCUUUCUCAGUGGCUCUGUCACAGCAAUUCCUAUUUCAAGAUGUCUCACAGUUCAGCUCAAGGCAGCAUUGGCAGUCACUCAACUGUGGGUCUGCAGAAUUACAAGCUUAUCUGCUAUGAAUAUGAAAACUUCCAAGGCCGCAAAGUGGAGUUCAACUCUGAAUGCCGUAACCUGUGUGAUCGUGGCUUUGAGCAGGUGAAGUCCAUCAGAGUGGAGUCAGGACCUUGGGUUGCAUUCGAGCAGAAAGAUUUUAGUGGAGAGAUGUUCAUCAUGGAGAAAGGAGAAUAUCCUCGUUGGGACUCCUGGUCUAACUGUUUCCGUGCUGACAGGAUAAUGUCCUUGAGGCCAGUUCGCAUGGACACUCAGGAUUACAAGAUCUCUCUUUACGAAUGUGUGAACUUCGAGGGAAGGAAGAUGGAGGUCUGCGAUGAAGAUAUUCCCAGCCUAUGGUCCUAUGGAUUCCAGGACAGGGUAGCCAGUAUCCAAGUUGUUGGAGGAACAUGGGUUGGGUACCAGUACCCUGGAUACAGAGGAUACCAGUAUCUGAUGGAAUAUGGACCAUACAAACAUUGGAACAACUGGGGUGCCAAUCAGCCUCAGAUUCAGUCUAUCCGCCGGGUCAAAGACAUGCAAUGGUACAAGAGAGGGAACUUUGAAGUUGGUAACUAGAAAGGCAUAGAGAAUAUGACACAGAACCUAAAUGGCACAAUAAAGGGACUUGUUUCUUU